AUGGACCAUCGAGGAACGGAAGGCCUCAUGGACUGGGAGCCAGAACGCAAGCAUGCUAUUGACCCCUCCAGUCCCUUCGCAGCUCUGCCCAAAAAGUUCACCCUCUCUUCAUUUGAAACACCCGUCUCACGAUUCAGCAAAGUCAGCAAUGACCCAUUCGCGAGCGCGGUGCGCAAGAGCUCACCACUCAAACAAGACCACCCGGCCCCCCCACAUGCCUCAUUCUUUUCGCCGCAGCUACAGAACAAACCAUCAGGCCCCGCGUUUCGGAAUCCAGCGUUCACCACACCGCAGAAACGCUUCGAGGAUGUACCAAUGUCCGAAGUUUCUGACGCCGAAUCAAGUCCCGCUAUGACCGACACUUCGAUUUUGCCAGCCGACACGCCAGACAUUGAACACAUCGGGAUGAAGUCCGCUGCCACCCCCUCACCCAUCAAACUGAUGUGGAACCGGAACCUGGAUCGGAAUCGAACUGCCGGAAAGGGGGAGCUCCCUAAAUCUGGAGCUCGUGAUAAGGUCAGGAAGAGGAAAAGGCUUUUCGGCGACAAAGAUGUCGGCAGUGUGAGGUCCCGCCUCGCCCACGACUUGGAUGACUCAGAUAGCGAUAUUCCAGAGAGCUCCAAGGCGCUGGUGACGAGUUCAAAACAGAAGGAUAAGAAACGAGGCUGGUUGAGCAACUUCCUCGCGACUCUGAGCGACAACCCCAAUGCGCCAGCUAUUCUGUCCAGGUGGUUGCAACUUGGGGCAAAUAUCCUUCUCAUGUGCCUUGCAUUCAUCAUUGUCUUCGAAAUGAUCAAGCAAGUCCGGUCAGAUUUAUCGCACGAGGCUGGCAAGGCUAUAGCGGCAUUGCAACAGGAGAUCAGGCAAUGUGCAGAGCAGUUCACCCAGAAUGCUUGCUCGCCCAAGGCAACUCGCGCACCUUAUAUGGAAACGGUGUGCACCCAAUGGGAAAUAUGCAUGCAACAGGACCCUCACGGCAUUGCAACCACCAAUAUCUCGGUCCGCAAGGUAGCUGAGAUCCUCAACGAGUUUGUUGGCGUUAUAUCCUACAAGACCUGGGCCUUCCUUCUUACAAUAUUCCUCGCCACCCUUCUUGCUACCAACAUGGGCUUUGGUCGUCUUCGGGACACUGGCUCGUUCCAACAUCCCCGUGCACCGGCACCUGCGCCCCCACUACAGUCACCUCCAGCUAUGGCUCCGAUGCUUCCAGUCUCGUCGGAUGGCUUUUUCUGGGCGCCUGUGGGUAUGACACCCAAGAGUGUACGGAAACAACUUCUCAGCGAAGAAACAGAGACAGAGACCGAUAGCACCCCGAUGAUGAGAGCCAUCAUGCCGCCACAAACCCCGUCAAUGAGGAGGAGUCCCAGCAAAGAGUACCGAGAUAGGGAGCGAGAAAGAGACAGAAGUCCGUCCAAGGGUUUCAGACAAAGGAGCCCCAGCAAGAACUACUGA